GCCAAAGUCAAGCUAGCUACUGAAGUGUAUAAAGGGGAGGGUGCUCAGUUAAGCUAACAGAGUUGUUCGUUCUUUUGCAAGGAAAAAAUGGCUGCAAAGGAUCGUGACAUGCAGGAGAAAGAAUUUUGUCUAGUUAACAAGGAGUACCUGGCUGAUGAACCAUUUCGAGACAUUCCAAAUCUACAGGCAAAGCUUGAUCAGCUGAAGGGCAUGUUUAUGGGAUGUGAUGCCACAAGCACAGGAGAAAUUGACUAUCCAACGAUGAGCAGGAUACUGCAGGAGUUUGGGGUUUUCCAAAACCCCUUGGAGCUCAAGGCGCUGGUCCAGGAAAUCACAGGGAACACAGGCAGCACCAUCCCUUACAAGGACUUCACUAUGGUUAUGCUGGGCCGCAGAUCCACCAUGUGCCAACGGAUCAUGCACUACAAUGGGAAAGGAGGAGGAGUGGUGAAGAGGCCCAGCCUGAUGGAUGCUGGCCCCUAUGUAACCUACUUGGAAUGCACUCUCUCCGGAGUCCCCUCUCCUCUUGCCACUCUCCCGCCACCACCUCCCCCAUCUCCAGUUGAUGGCUGCCCUGAGACCUAGCCGGCUGCCUGAGGAAUGUGGAGACUGACUCACUUCGUAGGCUGGAGAGCCUGCUGAGAAGGCAAAUCAAAUGUCCUGUGGUAGAGUGCAUCCAGCUCAAACCUUCCCCAAUAAAGAGCUGCCUAGCAA